AUAGUAAAAAAUCUUACAUUUCUGUCAGUGAGUAAAAUCAUAUAUAGUCACUAAUAAAUAAAUUGUCGGAGAAUUAAAAGAAAAAUUGAAAACUUCUGUUCCUAAACGACUUUAAAACCCGCACAUCGGACGGAUCCUAAUCUAGUUUCAUUAUAAAAAAUGGCUAGUUUUGCAAAUCGUCCUUAUAUCUUUACACAACAAUAGAGAGUAAAAGUUCAAAAAAAAACAUAAGAUCUAAUUAGUUAUCGUUCAAGAGAGAGAUUAGGGUCUGUUCCUUUUGGUUCAUACCACACCAACCAUGAGGGACAGCUACAAGCAUGAACUUAUCUCAACCUCAACUAACGAAACUGAUCGAGUCAUUAAUCGUUGCUUUCUCCGGAAGAAGACCACACAAGAAAUCAUUCAUCUCAGGGCUUUUCAGGUAGAAGAAUCAGAUUCGUACUCUUUCACCGUAACAUAUCAGCCAAAUCUACGGAUUCGUCAUGAAAAUCUCGAUGGACACGAACUUAAGACCACUAUUGAACGUCAUCGCGAUCGUGCACUUCAACUCGAAGACAGCAUCCCAAAAAAGUUUCUUGUCUCUCAAGAAACAUGUCUCGAGCACGUCAUGAUCAUCUUGUCGGCGAUGUAUCUCCCGCAUUCGAUUCAAGAACGUCUUGUCCGUUACAUCUCAACAGAAUCAGUUAAGUUCAGCAACCGCCGCCGCGGAAGAGGAGGAGGUUUGAGGGUAGAAGUUGACGUUAAAGUGGACGUGGAACAAUGGGUGAGGAUUGAUUGUUGUUGUAAACAAAAGGGUACUUGUCUGGUUCCGGCGAUGGAUUGUCCGAUAUGUUUGACGGAAUUAUCUAGUGAGGUGAGUCGCAUGGAGUUACCAUGUUCCCAUGUUUUUCAUAGAGACUGUGUUAUGACGUGGCUGAAAAUGAAGCCUUCUUGCCCUAUCUGCCGAACCAAACCUCUUGGCGAAACUGUUUCUAUCUAUUAAACUCUAUGUGGGUUUGUAAACUUUUAUAUUGGGCUUGAAUAUGUGGUUUGGGCUUCUAUCUAAUCCUUUUAAGCCCAUUUAUUUGCCUUAAAAUCGGAAUCAAUAAGAAUCUAUCUUUUCUCUGUCUC